AUGCUCGCGACCCAGCUUGUGACCGUCGCCCGCAAGGGCUGCUCGUGCCCUGCUCGCAUCGCCAGCCGCGCGCUCUCGUCUGCGCCCGUCCCGACCCUGCCGCCCACGGAAUCAGGUCUCCGUCCACCGCACCUACUCACGCUCGCCGACUUGACUGUGCCUCAGAUCCAAUCACUCAUCAGCUCUGCAAUCGCCUUCAAGAAGCACUACAAGAGCCGCGCGAUUCCGAAGGCGGGACAGAUUGAAGGCGCCAAGUUCGAGAAGGGAGAUGGAGCGGUUUCGAGCGAGGUGUCGGAGAAGACGCUCGACGCAAAGACGGUCGCGCUCAUGUUCUCGAAGCGGAGUACUCGGACGCGGGUGGCGAGCGAGACGGCCAUCCAGCUGCUUGGUGGCCACCCCAUGUUCCUUGGCUCAGGCGACAUCCAGCUUGGCGUCAACGAGAGCCUGUAUGACACGACUCGCGUCGUCAGCUCGAUGGUUGACGGAAUCAUGGCUCGUGUUGGGCACCAUUCCGAGGUCGAGACCCUCGCGAAAUACUCUUCCGUACCUGUCAUCAAUGCCCUUUCGCACCUCUACCACCCUACACAAAUCCUCGCAGACCUGCAGACCCUCCUCGAGAUCCGCCAGCCCUUCACCACCGACCUCUCCUCCCUGUCCGGCCUGACGAUCGCCUGGGUCGGCGAUUCGAACAACAUCCUCAACGAGAUGAUGGUGACCUACCCGCGUCUCGGCGUCAACCUUCAAAUCGCCACGCCGAAGGGCUACGACCUUGAUGCCGAGGUGUUGGAGCGGGCGAACGAGGGCAUCAAGGCGGAAGGUGGGAAGGGCAAAAUCAUUCACACGCACAGCCCGGAGGAGGCGGUUAAGAACGCCAACGUAAUCACUACCGACACUUGGAUCUCCAUGGGCCAGGAGGAGGAGGCAGCGAGGCGCAUCAAGGACUUUGCCGGCUACCAGGUUACGAACGACCUGCUCGCUCGCGGCGGUGCAGCCAAGGACGCCACCUUCAUGCACUGCUUGCCCCGUCACAAGGAGGAGGUCGAUGAUGAGGUCUUCUACGGCGACAAGUCGGUCGUCUUCCAGGAGGCGGAGAACAGGAAGUGGACCAUUCUCGCGGUGUUUGACGCCUUCAUCGGCAGGUGGAAGGCUUAG